AUGAGUUUCUCUGAAAAGCUUCUUUUGCUGUUUUUUUCAGCAGUAGCUCUCAUUCUAGUUGUAGAGAGUCACAGAAAAACACCUCUGAAAGAGGAGGAAAACGAGUUGGAGAGAUUACUCAAAUAUAUCAAUAAACCUGCUAUCAAGAGUUUCCAGACUGAACAUGGUGAUAUAUUGGACUGUAUCGACAUUCAAAAGCAGCUAGCCUUUGAUCAUCCUCUGCUCAAGAACCAUUCUAUUCAGUUUGCCGUGGGUGAGUACAAAUAUUACCAUUAUGGAGCCAAGGGUAACCUUAACCUCUGGGAACCAGAAGUUUCACCAACUCAAUUCAGUUCUGCAAGUAUGCUUAUUGCGGGAGGCUCUAACGAACAGUUUCAGGCCAUUAGAGCUGGAUGGAUUGUGUACCAAUGGCUGACCAAGAAUCAGAGUCGCUUAUUCACCUAUUGGACUGCAGAUGGGUUUACAAAGACAGGCUGCUACAAUACACUAUGUCCCGGUUUUGUACAAGUGAGCACCAAACUCCCACUCGGCUUACUUCUUCAACCAGUUUCUAGAUACGGUGGCCAACAAUAUGAAGUUAACGUCAGCAUUUAUCAGGUACUACCGGUGUUCUACAAAUUGUUUACAUGA